GGAUCAGUUGCAAGGUUUAUGUGUUUAUGGUUUGAGAUUGUAAUGAUGUUGAUGUGUCAAAAGUAAUGUUUUUUUUUAAUCGUAGUCUGACAUACUUAAUGCUUAUGUGGUCAGUUUUAUGCAUCUUCAGUAUUUCCCGAAUUGUCUAAUAUGGCCUUUAUAAUUAAAUUAUAGCAUAUUAAAUUUACAUAUACACAGAUUCAGACAUCUUGCGAACGUUAAUUAAGACAGCUUUACAUUGAGACUUGUCAUUUCGAUUAAAUAUCUGGUCAAUUUAUUUCGGUAUACUUUCGCGAUAAGCGUACACUUGCACGGGCUACAUUAAUGACAAAUAUGGAACUUAUCCAUGACAUAUAAAAUGACGCAAAAUGCAAUUAAUGCCGCACGCCUUGAAACAAUGGAGGACGCGUAUUCAAACGUUAGUGACGAUUUGAAGUUAGUCCAUUCAUCGUUUACAUACACAGUGGCAAGGUUGCCAUAUUAUACCCCAAAUAAUGAGGAAGUCUAACUACGGAGUGUCCCGAGGGACGAACUACCCACUGGGCUAUUCAGACCAAUUUCUCUUGAACCCUCAUCGGAAAAACACUUGACAAAUACGAAUAUAUUUCCGGCUCAAUGGACGUGUCUUACAAUUUUGCAAAGUAUUCAAAUCAAGCCCGAGAGGCGGAUGAGUUGAGGAUUGAAAUGAGGAAGAAGAGCCUUCUCAUCCUAAUUCACCAACAUCUGAUGAGUCAAGGCUAUGUGACCACAGCGGUGGCCUUGGACCAGGAGAUGAAUGGAAGUGUGAAGAAGUUUGAGGUUUGUGAAAAUGUCGAUUUGGAGAUGGUGUUGAUGGAAUACGAGAGCUAUCACUACGUCAAGUUCCAGAAAUAUCCCAAACUUGUCAAGAAAGUCGUAGAACCAGGUGAAAGCAGAAUUUUGAAAAGUGGUGGAAAAAAGAGGGCUGCUUGUUCUGUCGUGAAGCCUCUCCCCAAAAUCCUGCCCCAAAACCUUGCUGGAGAAGUGAGAGGGAACGCUUCCGCUCCUGCACACACAAAUGGCGAUGGUUUAUCUUGUCCUCCAGAAUUGACAGACUUCGUUCUCAGUGUUUCUCCUAUCGGUUCUGCACAAGCUGGAGGAGCAACCACGACCAAGAAGGGCCAAACGGGAGGUAAAGGAGACGGCGAACAAGAGGAGCGUCUUCUGAAGCCCCUCAGUGGUUUUUCAGGAAUGAGUGGUGAGAUGAAAGAAUUCGCCACAAUCAUCCAUAAGGACAUCUAUUUGCACAACCCCAACGUGAGAUGGGAGGACAUCAUUGGCCUGGAGGAUGCGAAGCGAUUAGUCAAGGAGGCCAUCGUCUAUCCCAUUAAGUAUCCCCAGCUCUUUAAAGGACUCCUUUCUCCAUGGAAGGGAUUGUUACUUUACGGACCGCCUGGUACGGGUAAGACCCUGCUGGCCAAGGCGGUGGCUACUGAAUGCAAGACAACCUUCUUCAACAUAUCGGCAUCGAGCUUGGUGAGCAAGUGGAGAGGAGACUCUGAAAAACUGGUCAGGGUUCUGUUUGAGUUAGCCCGGUAUCACGCACCCUCCACCAUCUUCUUGGAUGAGGUGGAAUCAAUGAUGGGCCAGAGAGGAAGCAACAUAGUAGGUGAGCAUGAGGGCAGUCGAAGAUUGAAGGCGGAGCUGCUGGUCCAGAUGGAUGGACUGGCGAGAUCAGAGGACCUGGUUUUUGUACUGGCAGCCUCCAAUCUGCCUUGGGAACUGGACCACGGCAUGCUGAGAAGACUGGAGAAGAGGAUUCUGGUUGGUCUUCCUCCCGAACCGGCCCGCCAAGACAUGAUCGCUCAUUGGCUGCCUCCUGUCAGCUCCACGGGAGAGCUGCAGCUAAAAGCUGAGCUCAAUUAUCAACUUCUGGCCCAGGAGAUGAAGGGCUACUCUGGCUCUGACAUCAGACUGGUGUGUAAGGAGGCCGCCAUGAGACAAGUCCGCAAAAUCUUUGAGGCUCUGGAAUCAAAUCGGUUUGGGGACACGCGCAUGCCGGCCAUCCGGCUGGAAACCGUGACAACGCAGGACUUCCUGGAAGUCUUGGCACACACCAAGCCGUCGGUCAGCGGCGUGAUGGAGAAACAUACGGCUUGGGAGAAAGACUUUGAAUCCGUCUGAUCGACCGCUUUUCAUUCACUCAUAGUUGCUGGACUAUUUUGGCUUGGUUCAUAGACAUUUUACCUGGUGUUGACUUCCCAUUACAUGGAUCAGCGUUGAUGGUAAAAAGCAGACAGGCACCCACGACAUAUCAAUGGAACUUUUGUUGUUGUUGUUGUUGUUGUUUAUGCACCAUCAUAAUAAAUCACACGUUAUGUA